CUCAUCCUCAACUAUUUAGGUACUGUAUUGCUGUACAAGUAUUGACUAUUACUCUGUACAUCACCAGAUCAUACAUAUGGAAUUUUGAGUUAUGCAAUAGUACGUUUUCUCCUGAACCUUGCUCUAAGGUUUCCUUCGACACACCGUCACUGACCGACGGGUUCAUCUGAAGAAAUGGCGGUACAGAGCGGAUACGCGGCUUCUCCAUUGAACCUCUACUCGCUCCCCAACGAGGUUCUCGUCAGCAUCCUCACGCCGUUUCCCACCCGGAGCCUGCUUCCACUCACGGUCGUCUCGCACCGAUUCCACGCCCUCAUACUCCGCAUAUUGCACUAUCGCUUGCUCAUCGCAACCUCCCUGAAAGAUUAUAAAUUGAUGUUAGAAUGUUUUCAUCCGAGCUCCAAGCUCACUGAACCCCACGUAUUCUGCAAAUACCUCGGCACCGAUGGAUUGAGCGAUAAACACGAAGGCGUGGGCUCACUCUACGAGAACUGCGAGACGGCCGAGCAGUUGGCCCGACUCGGAUCUUUAUAUUCACGAUUCCGCCCCGAGCCACCCAUGGAGGAUGACACCGGACGUACUUUCUUGGUCCCACCAACCGACUCGCCCGCGGAGCCUCCGCAACUGAUCAAACGCGCAGUGCACCUCGAAGAAUUCGAAGACUUUUCGCAGCUCUGCACCGUGGUUAAUUUAGUCAAGGUCGUUCCCAACAGCAGCAUGCUACUCAGUGCAGUGACCAUUGAGGAUGGAACUGUGCGUGUAUGGAGGGAUUGGCUGAAGGAUCAGUCCAAUCACAAAGACAAAUUAGGUAUAUCUUCCAACGACCCCAACAAUACUAGAAUCUUGUGGGCAGACACGAAUGAAAAUGUUGGCCUUAAAUUAAGGGUGAGAGAGAAGAGGUGGAACCGCUUUUUACCCGUUCUGGUCCACAAAGAUGAAGAGCUCGCUGUGAGCUACGAGCUUGAAAUUGAAGAAUUAUAUAUAAGGACGACCCGUCUCUUGAUGACUCUGGAAGAAAGUCUUCAGGAGGAGCAAAACUGCUCCAAGGCCAUAGUCUUCGGGUCAUAUCGAGUAUAAGGUCUCGGAGACUCCGGACCUAGUGGGUUUCUGACGGAGUUCUCAAACGCCUUUGUCUCAAUCAGCUCCACCCAAGGGGAUGCAUAGCCCUAUCUUGCUGGAGAAUCCAAACGCCAGGCAGCUUUACCCUGCGGAGAUAAUGCAUUUAGAGGUUAGAAUAUUCUGGAUUAGAUUUUUGAACUAUAUAUAACAGAUAUGUUGGACCUCGGUUGAUAUUACCGCUCACUUUCCAGUUCGAGUUAUGGCAUUCCUCGCGAUCCGUGAAGUUCUGGUUCUUGUGUAACCAUGCCUCGUCUUGCCAAGCCAAUAACAGGGGUAGGAUAGACGCGCCGAGGCAGUGCAACAGAAUUCACAUGGCUUCUAAAUUAAGAGAUCGAUCCUCUAUCU